CGGAUGGCCAUUCACGUGGUCGGUCUUUUCUACGAUAUCUUGUAAACACUUCAUGAAAUUUUACCUUCACUGAGCAGUCGCCGAUCCCACAUCCGUUUGUUCACUGUACAUCUUCGUGUACUUGCAUUGCACUGUGUAUCAACAAGUGCCAAGGACGAAGUUCCAUUUUUGGGAAAAACACUUCAGUAAAUAUGCGUGGCAUAGAGAAAGAGUCGACCCUAUACCUUGAGGAUGGGACCAGCUUUAAAGGACAGCUUUUUGGAGCAGAAACGAGCGUUCCAGGAGAAGUUGUGUUCCAGACUGGUAUGGUUGGCUAUCCAGAAUCCUUAACCGACCCAUCCUACUGCUCACAGAUUCUUGUUCUCACCUACCCCCUCAUUGGCAACUACGGCAUUCCACCGUAUGAAGAUGAUGAAUUCGGCCUCAGGAAGUGGUUUGAGUCGGAAAAGAUACACGCAGCUGCUCUCAUCAUUGGCGACUUGGCUGAGAAUCACAGUCAUUGGAAUGCUGUGAAGUCACUUUCUGAAUGGCUAAAAGAAUUCAACAUUCCAGCUAUCUAUGGCAUCGACACAAGAUCUCUUACGAAGAAAAUCCGUGAAAGCGGGACGAUGUUGGGUAAAAUUAUUGUUGACGGUACCGACCCUGAAUCCGUUCCUUACGAAGACCCAAACAAGCGCCACCUGGUGGCUGAAGUAUCAAUUAAAGAACCCAUUGUGUACAAUCCUGAUGGUGAGGUAAAGAUUGUGGGGAUUCACUGCGGUAUGAAGACCAACCAGAUACGUUUGUUGUGUGAGAGGGGCGCCUGUGUGAAGGUGGUGCCAUGGGAUUACAAGAUCGACAGUUCAGAAUAUGAUGGUCUCUUCCUGAGUAAUGGCCCGGGUGAUCCAGAACGUUGUCUUGCCACCAUUGCCAACAUCAGCAAGGUUCUAGCAGAGGACAAGUACAAGCCAAUGUUUGGAAUUUGCCUAGGACAUCAGCUGACAGCUUUGGCAAUUGGAUGCAGUACAUUUAAAAUGAAAUAUGGCAACCGAGGUCACAACCAACCCUGUACUCACCACGGUACCGACAGAUGCUUCAUCACCACACAGAACCAUGGCUUUGCCGUCGACCCAAAAUCCCUGCCAGCUGAUUGGUCCGUGCUCUUCACCAAUGAAAACGACAAGACCAAUGAGGGCAUCAUCCACAACAGGAAGCCAUUUUUCACUGUACAGUUCCAUCCAGAGCACAUGGGCGGGCCGAAAGAUUUGGAACUUCUCUUUGACGUCUUUAUAGAUCAAGUGAAGGCACAGAAAGCUGGUGACAAAAGUUUGAGUGUAAAGGACCGUCUGAACCUGAAGCUAGAGUACCAUCAAAAGCCUUACGAGAUCAGCCCUGUGCGACCACGUAAAGUGCUCAUCCUCGGCUCCGGAGGCCUAUCUAUUGGCCAGGCUGGCGAGUUUGACUAUUCUGGCUCACAAGCAUUGAAGGCGCUACGAGAAGAGAAGGUGCAAACAAUACUGAUCAACCCAAACAUCGCUACCGUGCAGACAUCUAAAGGCAUGGCCGACAAAGUCUACUUUCUACCAUUGACAUUGGAAUACGUUACUCAGGUGAUCAGUUCUGAACGGCCAGAUGGGAUCCUUCUGACCUUUGGAGGUCAAACCGGCCUCAACUGUGGUAUAGAGCUGAAGAACGCGGGUGUGUUUGACAAGUACAAUGUCCGUGUGAUGGGAACCCCCGUUGCCUCAAUCGAGUGGACAGAGGACAGGAAGAUAUUUGCUGAGAAGAUGCAAGAGAUCAAUGAGAAUGUGGCACCGAGUGAUGCAGCGUAUUCUGUUGAUCAGGCUCUAGAGAUUGCUGAAAAGAUUGGCUACCCAGUUCUUGUGAGAGCUGCGUUUGCUUUGGGAGGACUAGGAUCAGGGUUUGCCGAUGACCCACAGAGUCUUCGUACACUAACUCAACAAUCAUUUGCCCAUACAAGUCAGGUUCUUGUCGACAAGUCUUUGAAGGGUUGGAAGGAAGUAGAAUAUGAAGUUGUCAGGGAUGCAUAUGAUAACUGUAUCACGGUUUGUAACAUGGAGAACGUGGAUCCCCUCGGUAUCCACACCGGUGAGUCAAUAGUCGUUGCUCCAAGUCAGACUCUCACCAAUACCGAAUACAACAUGCUAAGGUCAACGGCUAUCAAGGUCAUUCGUCAUCUUGGAAUUGUGGGCGAGUGCAACAUUCAGUAUGCUCUGAACCCAGAGUCCCAGGAGUACUUCAUCAUCGAGGUGAAUGCACGUCUCUCGAGGAGUUCAGCUCUGGCCAGCAAAGCCACUGGCUACCCUCUAGCCUACGUAGCAGCUAAGCUCUCCCUUGGUAUCCCCUUGCCGGUCUUGAGGAACAGUGUCACCAACUCGACCACAGCAUGCUUUGAGCCCAGUCUUGAUUACUGUGUGGUCAAAAUGCCAAGAUGGGACCUGGCCAAGUUCUCGAGAGUUAGCAAAAAGAUUGGUAGCUCAAUGAAGAGUGUUGGUGAGGUGAUGUCAGUUGGCAGAAACUUUGAGGAAGCAUUUCAGAAGGCCUUGAGGAUGAACAGCGAGACAUGCAUUGGGUUUGAUCCUUAUUUCAAGAAACCAUCAGAACAGGCGCUGCAUGAGCCGACAGAUAAGCGUGUGUUUGUGUUAGCAGCAGCUCUGAAGGAAGGUUGGCACAUCGAUGCCUUGUACACCCUGACCAAGAUCGAUAAGUGGUUCCUGUACAAGCUCAAGAACAUCACUGACUUCUUGACCAAGAUGGAAAAGUUGGGCGAUAAAAACGGAAAUGGAAACGGUAAUACCAUGCCAAGAGAAUUGCUGCUGAAGGCCAAACAGCUUGGAUUUUGUGACCGACAGAUAGCCCAGGCAAUCAAGAGCACUGAACUUGGUGUACGUGAACUCCGACAGGACAUGAAUGUGCUACCCUUCAUCAAGCAGAUCGACACCGUCGCUGCAGAAUGGCCGGCGGCCACUAACUAUCUCUACCUGACAUACAGCGGAGACAGUCACGACCUUGAAUUCCCCGGUGGCUAUACGAUGGUCAUUGGCUCUGGCGUCUAUAGGAUCGGAAGUAGUGUUGAGUUUGAUUGGUGUGCGGUGGAUUGUAUACAAAACUUGAGAUCGAUCGGUCGCAAGACCAUCAUGGUGAAUUACAACCCAGAGACUGUCUCAACUGAUUACGAUAUGUGCGAUCGUCUCUACUUCGAUGAGAUCUCGUUCGAGACGGUCAUGGACAUUUACAACAUCGAGAACCCUGAUGGUAUCAUCCUGUCCAUGGGAGGCCAGCUGCCUAACAACAUCGCUAUGGACCUAUUCAGACAGAGAGCCCGGAUACUUGGUACUUCACCCGAGUCUAUCGACAAUGCUGAGAAUCGAUUCAAAUUCUCGAGAAUGUUGGAUACAAUUGGGAUCUCACAGCCAAGAUGGAAAGAACUCACAGACAUAGAGACGGCGAAGCAGUUCUGUAAUGAGGUUGGUUACCCGUGUUUGAUUCGUCCGUCGUAUGUGUUGAGUGGGGCGGCCAUGAACGUGGCACACUCUCAUCACGACCUGGAGACAUAUCUCAGCGAGGCGGCGUCCGUCUCCAAGAAACAUCCAGUUGUCAUUUCAAAGUUCAUCCUCAAUGCUAAGGAAAUCGAUGUUGAUGCUGUGGCAAAAGAGGGCAUGGUUGUCUGUAUGGCGGUUUCUGAGCAUGUCGAGAAUGCUGGCGUCCAUUCCGGUGACGCUACCCUGGUUACACCGCCACAAGAUAUCAACGAUGAGACCCUGGAGAAGAUAAAGACAAUCUGCUGUGCCAUUGGACGAGAGCUGGAGGUUUCUGGGCCGUUCAACAUGCAGUUGAUUGCAAAAGACAACCAGUUGAAGGUGAUCGAAUGCAACGUGAGAGUGUCGCGCUCGUUCCCAUUUGUCUCUAAGACGCUGGGACAUGACUUCAUUUCCAUGGCAACUAGAAUCAUCAUUGGUGAACCUGUUGAACCAGUGGAUGUCAUAGCAGGCUGUGGCAAAGUUGGAGUCAAGCGCCCAGUGUUCUCAUACUCCCGCUUGGCUGGUGCCGACGUGGUGCUCGGGGUGGAGAUGGCCAGUACAGGUGAGGUGGCGUGCUUCGGUGAGGACAGAUACGAAGCCUACAUGAAGUCACUGCUCAGCUCUGGCUUCAAGUUACCCAAGGAGAAUAUACUGCUCUCGGUAGGAAGCUACAAGCAAAAGAUUGAAAUGUUGCAGUCGGUUCGUAAUCUUGAGUUGAUGGGCUACAAUCUAUAUGCAAGUAUGGGAACAGCAGACUUCUACACAGAACAUGGGAUUAAGAUCACCUCAGUUGACUGGCCGUACGCUGAUGUAACAGAUGCCAAGUCAACUGGUCACAAGGUGCAGAAUAUCGCCGACUACCUCGCUGAUAAUCACUUUCAUCUCGUGAUCAACCUUCCAAUGAGCAGCAGCGGAGGAAAGCGUGCGUCGUCAUUCAUGACCCCUGGCUAUCGAACAAGACGGAUGGCCGUCGACUACUCCAUUCCACUCUUCACUGAUAUAAAGUGUACUAAGUUGUUUGUGGAGGCUUUGAGAAGAUUGGGAGGUGCCCCACCCAUGAAGAGCCACAUUGACUGCCUCUCCUCCCAGAGAAUCGUCCGUCUACCUGGCCUGAUGGAUGUUCACGUCCACGUACGUGAACCUGGGCAGACGCACAAGGAGGACUGGAAGUCUGCCACGUCUGCUGCUCUGGCUGGUGGUAUCACCCUCAUCCUGGCCAUGCCCAACACCAACCCUCCCACGGUUGAUAAAGCUGCCCUUAUACUCACACAGAAGCUUGCCAGGCAGAAUGCCAUGUGUGACUAUGGGCUGUUCCUUGGAGCGAGCCAAGACAAUGCUAACACAUUGCCGAGUAUCGCCAGCGGGGCGGUAGCGCUCAAGAUGUACCUGAACACAACGUUCUCGACCCUCAAGAUGGACAAUGUGUCCGACUGGAUGAAGCACUUUGAGCAGUGGCCCAAGAGUCUGCCUAUCUGUUGUCACGCCGAAGGGCAGACGACAGCUGCCGUGCUUCUUAUGGUGGAACUCUUCGGCCGUUCUGUCCACAUCUGCCACGUUGCUCGCAAGGAAGAAAUCCAGGUGAUCCGCCGUGCGAAGGAACGUGGUAUGCCUGUCACGUGUGAGGUUGCACCACAUCAUCUCUUCUUGACGGAGACGGAUUUGACCGAUAUUGGACACGGUCGGGGUCAGGUGCGACCGAUGAUUCAGACAGAGGAAGACGUACUGGCCCUUUGGGAAAAUAUGGACAUCAUUGAUUGCUUUGCCACAGAUCACGCACCACAUGCCGUCCAUGAGAAGAAUAGUGAGACUCCUCCACCCGGCUACCCAGGUCUCGAGACCAUGCUGCCAUUGCUACUGACUGCGGUUAACGAGGGAAAGCUCACGAUUGAUGAUCUUGUGGACAGACUGCACAACAACCCAAAACGUAUCUUCAACCUCCCAACGCAGCCCGAUACAUAUGUGGAAGUGGACCUGGACACAGAAUGGACCAUCCCUACCGCCAUGAAAUAUUCCAAGUCGAAGUGGACGCCGUUUGCAGGUCGCAAGGUCAAAGGUUGUAUCCGGAAGGUCGUCUUGAGAGGAGAGGUUGCGUACAUUGACGGUGAGGUUGUCUGCAAGCCGGGUUACGGUCAGGAUAUCACAAUGAUGCCUCAACCACGACUUGUCCCACAGGAACCACUGUCAAUCCAGGUGCCUAUGCCAGGAGCUGUGCAGGCAUCACCAGAGCAGCACAGUCCUACCAAGAGAUACGGCCCAGCCGACGGCACCAGGUUCACCCUACCACCAAGGAUUACAAGGACUGUCCUCCAUCAAGAAUCUGCAUUUGAAAAGAGUGGAUAUCUUGGUUUGGACUUUGACGUUGGUACUCCACGUUUCACUGAGAUGAACGUUUCUCCACUCCACCGCAGUGAAGGUGGUGGCGCUGGAGACAUGAAGAGAGAUCUCCCAAUGCCUUCUCCCGUGACGUCUCUCAUGAUGCCGGUCAACACGCCGGGAAUCACUAACAACCAUAUCCUGACUGUCACCUCAUUCAAGAAGGACCAGAUACAUCACCUGUUUAAUGUUGCCCAUGGCUGCAAGCUUGCCGUCCAGAAAGAGCGCCCCCUGGAUCAUAUCCUCAAGGGUAAGGUGAUGGCCAGUCUCUUCUUUGAAGUGAGCACUCGAACAUCUAGCUCGUUCGCCGUGGCCAUGCAGCGACUUGGUGGCAGCGUUCUCCCUUUCAAUGAUUCGGUGUCUUCCACGAAGAAAGGCGAGACUUUAGCAGAUACUGUUGCCAUCGUGAGUAGUUACACGGAUGUUGUAGUGCUGAGGCAUCCUGAGCCCGGAGCAGUUUCAAAUGCCGCCAAACACUGCCUGAAGCCUGUCAUCAAUGCUGGCGAUGGUAUAGGAGAGCACCCAACCCAGGCCCUCCUCGAUAUAUUCACCAUCAGAGAGGAAAUCGGUACGGUCAAUGGACUCACGAUCACUAUGGUUGGAGACCUGAAGAAUGGUCGCACGGUUCAUUCCUUGGCCAAGCUGCUCACCCUCUACAAUGUCAACCUGCGAUAUGUUUCACCAGGUUGUCUCCGCAUGCCAGAUGAGAUCAAACGCUACGUGGGCAAGAGAGGUAUACCCCAGGAGGAGAUGUCAAGUCUUGAGGAUGCCCUGGCUGACACAGACGUGCUCUACAUGACCAGGAUUCAACGGGAACGCUUCAGCUCGGAAGAUGAAUACAAAAAGGUGUGUGGCUGUUACGUCGUCACCCCAAAAUUGAUGACCAAGGCCAAAAACAAAAUGAUUGUGAUGCACCCCUUGCCUAGGAUCGAUGAGAUCAGUAACACCUUCGAUCGUGAUCCUCGAGCUGCCUACUUCCGCCAAGCAGAAUACGGCAUGUACGUCCGCAUGGCCCUGCUUGCUCUCGUUUUGGGAAAAUGUUGAGGGCUGUGAGCCUUUUUCCUGAGAAGUGUCUCUUGCAGUGGAACUUCACCGAGUUAUGGGGUCAGCCUCGAUUGUUUUAGACGUCACGACUGACAUGGUGUUGGAAAUGUCCAAGGCUGACCCCAUAAGUCCACCACUUCUUUGCUCCACCAAUUGAGGCACUGAUCACAAAAGAGGUGAAUACGAUCGUAAUUGGAAUGAGCAUUUAUAGUAUACAGCUGGUGGUUUGUAAGAUUGGUAUGUAGUCUAUCCAUAUGUUCCUAUUUCAUGCAAUGGGGAGUGCGUACUUGAAAAUAAUUGGUCUAGGCUUUGUGAGAGAUAGUCUUUGUCUUCGUGGCAGAUAUUUUUUCUAAUUUUUUCAUCAUCUGUACAACAAUUUACAUGAUGUGACCAGCUCGACAUGUUGUGAUGUUUAUGUAUUCUACUACUGCUCAAUUACAAAUCUAAUGAUGGGUAUUUCUGCAGCAUGGUUGUCCCUGCUGUCCGCUAAGUAACCUACUGAUACUGAACUGUGUGUAUGGCAAAAUUUGGAGUAAAGACAAGCAUUUUUCAAUUUUUAGAUAGUUGUACUGAAAUAUCUCACAAUACCCUUGCUCCCCUUCCUCAGUCACUGUAGUUUUUAUGCAGAUUUACAAUGUUAGAAAUCAUGGUGGUGAUUCAAAUUGAUGUACCAGUGACCGGCCACAAUAAACUCGUGGAAGUCCUCAGUGGCUGGUGAUAAAGAGGGGUGAAGGGAUAUAGUUUGACAAAAGGUUCCAGUAAAUCUAUUGUGGCCUGUAACCAGUAUAUUAAUUUGGAUCACCACCGUGGCAUAUAUAACUCAACUCAGGUUGUGUUGUGUUGUCUUGUAGUCUUUCAUCAGGAAGGUCUUUGCCGCUUACAGAUGGGUAAACUGUGUAUUUCAUAAUUGUCAUCAAUGAAAGCACUACUUUGGCUUUGCAUGGCAAAAGGCCUGGUGCCUAGCUCGUAGAGACAACACUGGUUAUGCAUUGUGGAAAGCUGUUACUCUUCCAGGCUUACAUUGUUCAGGUUCAGUCUCAUUCUUAUGGCUCAGGUGAAUAGUAAGAAUCAUUGUCAUGGUGCAGUCAUGCACGUAAAUCUGUUGACUUUGCAUUUAUCGUGUUUGUAUACCUGUCCACACAAGGACAUUGAAGUCAAAUUAAGAUAUAUACAUGUAUUUGUACACUAGUGGAUAUUUUCAGUGCUCACAUUAUUCUAAAGAUUGAAAAGUUGUCUGAAUCAGUUGUCUUCUUCCUCUUUGUGAAAGAUUCACACUGCCAUAAAAUGUUCAAAACAAUGUCACCACCUUGGUGUUAGUGCUAUCUUAGCAUUGUCUUGCUCCGAUAAUCACAGUUAACGCUGAGAUGGAGCUGAAUGCCAAGAUGGUGAAAUCGUUAGUUUGAACAACUCAGGUGUCUUUAUGUGCUAAAUCAUAUACAAACAUGUUAUUUUGUAGAAAAUGGUGAUUAGACCUUAGACCUUGGUGAUUGUUGUAUGCAAAAGAAAUGCAAUUUCAUCUAUACCCCUUCCUUCUUUCUUGUGAAGAAAAAAACAAAAUUGUUUUGUGAAAAAUGUGCGAGACAGUUGAUACAGGAUGUAUGUACAUGUAGUGAUUAACAAGAAAGUAAUGAACUCUGUUUUCUUAUUUUUGAAGCUUGCUUAUAUAAUCGGAAUGGGUCCAAAUGCUGGUGGUAUAGGGAGUUCAUGAACAUGAUCUGUGUAUGGUACAUAGACUGUGGAAGUGCCAAGCACUGUAAUGAUAAGAAACAAUAACAAAAGU